AUGGAGCCUGAGAACAUCCAAAUGCAGUCUAACAAGUCCAGAGCAAGUCGCCUAUACGCUACUGCUGUUUCUCGACUAAAAUUGGGAUGGCUACAGACCACUGCUGUCGUGCUGAACACCAUGACAAUUGCGUCUGUGCACCCCGUGGGAACUGCUCAAAGGCAUCCACGGUGUCCCGAAGCGAGCAAGGGCUUCCAAGGUCCUCUUCCACGUACCACCUCCAUUCCUACAUGGCCUGAUGCUUUCCGUUGUGUCUUCUGGUGGUGCAUUGUGGUCGGCACUGUGCUCUCGUUCAUUCUCAAUAACAUAAUCGAGGCACCACGCUACCGAUUCACCGGUUUGCCUGUUCUCAUUUUCAUGACCGGUUCACUUGGCCUAAUCGUCUGCCUCGCGGGACUCAAAUGCAUCAAAGGGCGCGGCCAUUUUGGACUCAUUACUUACGUUGCGUCUCUCGGGUUGAUGGCGCUUUUCGUCCUAACCGUCGCCGUGGAAUUACUCCUGUUGACACUUCGACCUAGACAGUUGCAUGAAUGGAUCGACACCAGUUUGAAGGAAGUCUUCGCAAAAGGCGCAGCUACGAUUCAAGACAUGGAGGCGGUAUUCCUGCUAGAGAAUCAGCUAGAAUGCUGCGGCUUCAACGGAACUUCAUUCUACCCCAGCGACUCCCUAUCUGUUGGCUGUUGCCGAAAUCUUAGUCAGACGUGCACACUGGGAGUUGCCUAUACGAAGGAUUGUCGAACGGCCUUUGUGGAGAUGGUUCUAGGACGAUUUUGCGGAUUUGGCAGCAGCCUAAUCGUCUCUCUAUUCAUUAUCGUUGCAACCAUUCUGAAUGCCGUUUUUAUUCUGAUUAAAUUGAGCGAAGAGAAGUGUUAA